GAGUGGAGACUCCUAGAGAGACCUGGGAUUGGGACAGGAACCGAUUCUUCCACCUCUUUGGACCACCUCCCCCAAUCCGGAAAGGAGUAUUUGCAUUUACUAUCUUGAAUUUCCGCUUCUCCCCCACCACUAUUGAUUUAUCUGCGGUAUAUCAGCCCCAUCCAGCGACCUGCAGCAUUGCAGAAUGUAAUACUGUAGAGAGAGAAACCCAUUGGUUAUACAGGACUUCAUAGCUGCACCAAAGCUCAGACCUUGGACCUGGUGAUAUUCAUAGAAGCAUCCUUAGAGAACAGAGCAAAAAUGGAAAACUCACCUGGAUGCAGACCACUUAGAGAUCAUGAGGUUGGAAGCGGUGGAAGAUUCUGGGAAAGAUCCUUGCAGAAGAUCCCAGGAGAGGACAUUACCACUUUGGAUGCACAGCGCCUGCACUUCAGACAGUUUUGCUACCAGGCGGCUGAAGGGCCCCGGGAGGUUUGCAGUCGACUCCACAGCCUUUGCCAUCAGUGGCUGAAGCCAGAGAGACACACAAAAGCUCAGAUCCUGGACCUGGUGAUCCUGGAGCAGUUCCUGAGCAUCCUGCCCCCAGAGAUGGAGAGCUGGGUGAGAGAAUGUGGGGCAGAGACCAGUUCCCAGGCAGUGGCCUUGGCAGAAGGUUUCCUCCUGAGCCAGGCAGAGGACAAGAAGCAGACACAGCAGCAGGGGCAGAGGCUGUCAACAGCAGAUACAGAUUUCUCUGGGGCAGAGAAGGCUCCGUCAGACACCAGACACCAGACAGAAGGCUCCAUCAGACACCAGCGUUUUCUGUUUAGGUGGAUUGUGCAAGAGGGCGACACAAGGGUCACCUUGAUGGGUGGCGAAAUCCCACUGGCUCUUCAGUCCAGGCCUUCUCUUCUUUGUGGUGGAGCAGACACAGCCUCUGUGCAAUUGGACCAGAAAUGAUGCCGGAACUUUCUUCGUGAAAGCAC